UCCGCCGAUAUAAGCGACCUCUUUGUUCUGGUUUUGAAACCGCGGCGAUUUGACACAUUCGACCAACACUUGACACUUUCGAAAGUAUCUAUUUUUAAAUUAAGUCCAAAAUAAUUGCCAAUUUCUAAAAUAAACAUAUUAAAAGGAUCAAAGUUCUUACAAAAUGAUGAAAUGAACAGUUCAAUUUUUUUCCUUUCAGAGGCUUCAAAAAUUGAUUUUGUACACGCGUCAAUAAAGACUCGGUACCCUGAGAAGCACCGAAGAAAAAUCGAUUUGACACGUCAAGAUGAGUUCCUUGGAAAAGUGUGGUAAGGAUCGCACUAGAGAUGGUAAUGGCAAAGCAAAAGGGGUGUGCGAUAUUGGUAAACAAAGAAGGUCCAAAGAGCUUGAAUGCACUCGUGAUACCCCGAGCAAAGAUGAAUCAUUGAUGUCGGAGAAAGGGCAACCUUCGAGUGUAACCUGUGGAAAUAUGGCGACUAACAAUGACUUUGAUCCAACAGAACACCAACACAUCAGAUAUAACCCUCUGAAAGGAGAAUGGAUAUUGGUAUCCCCGCAUCGUAUGAAACGUCCUUGGGGAGGGCAAGUAGAAGAUAAUCUCGACGAAGAGCUUCCCGAAUAUGAUCCAAAGAAUCCAUUGUGUCCUGGAAACGUUAGGAGCAGUGGUAAAGUGACUCCACCUUACCGCAACACAUAUUCAUUUGAAAAUGACUUUCCCGCACUGUUGGAGUCUGUUCCAAGUCCGCCAGAAUCUUCGGACGAGCUUUUCAAGAUUGGUCCAGCAACGGGAAAUUGUAAAGUGAUGUGCUUUCACCCAAAAUCGAACGUUACCAUCGCUUUGAUGAAAGUUGAAGAUAUCAAAGAAGUAAUAAAACAAUGGAUACUCGAAAUGCAUGAACUGAGCAAAAAAUGGGCCUGGGUACAAAUAUUCGAGAAUCGCGGGGCUAUAAUGGGAUGUAGUAACCCUCAUCCGCACUGCCAAAUUUGGAGUAGCUCAUUUCUGCCCUUUGAAGCCCAGAGAAAGGACAAAUUUCUCUGCAACUACUACCGCCGUCACCAAAAACCGCUUUUGAUUGAUUAUGUACGAAAAGAGAUUGAUAGAAAGGAACGUAUCGUGAUUGAGAACUGCGACUGGGUAGUUGUUGUCCCAUAUUGGGCGCAGUGGCCUUACGAGACUAUGGUGUUACCCAAAAGACAAGUAAUCAGAAUGCAAGAUCUGACGGCAAGUCAACAAGAGUCUCUGGCACUUAUAAUGAAGCGACUGUGUACCAGAUACGAUAAUUUAUUCCAAUGCUCCUUCCCUUAUUCAAUGGGAUGGCAUGGUGCUCCGACUGGCCAAUACUUGAACGAGGACUAUCGCUACUGGACAUUUCACGGAAUAUAUCUCCCACCAUUGCUCCGUUCUGCAACGAUAAAGAAGCACAUGGUCGGAUAUGAACUCUUGGCACAAAGUCAGCGAGAUUUAACGCCUGAACAAGCAGCUCAAAAACUUAGAGCAGUAUCAGACGCUCAUUACAGACAUCCCGAAAUGAGUUUGCCACCUGACGAGCCUGCUAAAUUUUGUGUGUGCAAUCCCCCUGAAGCAUCUAAGUCAUAGAGGCUAGUCAAUUAGGAAAUUAGAGUGAUUCUGACAUACAUUUCACUAUCUGCCAAUUAUCACUUUUUAAAAUAUUGACUAUAUAUUUUUUGACGAUUGUAUAGAAAAGAUAUACGUGUAAAUAGGAAAUUAAAGGAGGUUUAUCAACGA